AUGGGGGAUUUACACUUAAAAAAUGUAGAAAUAAACUAUACUGUUAUAACUAAAGUGCAAAUUGUUGUUUUUAUCUGCACAGGUGUUGCAGCUCAGGACUGUGGAGUGGCACCUCUAAACACGAAGAUAGUGGGUGGUGGGAACGCCCAGGCGGGGUCGUGGCCCUGGCAGGUGAGCCUACACAUCAACGAUCUCGGGAGCCACAUCUGUGGAGGGACGCUCAUCAGUGACCAGUGGGUGCUCACCGCCGCCCACUGCAUCGUCACAAAAGUUCUGUCCAGAUGGACCCUCUACUUUGGGAAGGAGACUCAGGCUGCGUCCAGUUCUAAUGAGGUUUCCCGCAGCAUCACCAAGAUCAUCGUUCAUCCAAACUACAACAACACACUGUUCAACAACGACAUCGCCCUGAUGAAGCUCAGCAACACUGUUCCCUUCAAUAACUACAUCAGACCCGUCUGCCUGGCGAGCAGCUCCAGUCUGUUCUACACCUCCACGUCCUGCUGGAUCACCGGAUGGGGCAAGCUGAACAAAAACGAUUCGUUGCCCAGUUCUCAACCCCUGCAGGAGGUUCAGGUUCCUGUGGUUGGAAACAAGCAGUGCAGCUGCGAUUAUGUCAACGUAUCCGGCGUGGAUAUCACAACAAAUAUGAUUUGUGCAGGCCAAGAGAACAAAGGAGCCUGUCAGGGGGACUCUGGAGGACCGCUGCAGUGCAAACAAGGCUCAUCCUGGAUCCAGGCUGGAAUUACAAGUUUCGGAAUACCGUGCGCACUGCAGGGUUAUCCCGAAGUCUACGCACGAGUGUCUGAGUUUCAGGCUUGGAUCACAGCCCAAGUUGAAGGAGCAGCAGUCAACUUUGUGUCUUAUAGUGCAACUGGCACUGACCAGGACGCCAGCUUUGUGUGCAGGAAUAUAACCAGCAGCUCGGAAAAUUCUGUCAAGCUGUCGGUUAACUUAACAUUUUCCAUCUUAGCUGCCAUAUUUCUUCCCUGCUUUGCAUUGUAGUCAAUCAGUUUAUUGUUUUUUGGUAAUUUUUAGAUGUAUUUUCUUUGUUUAUUUUGUCUUUCUAAAUUUGAAAUCUGUGUUAUUAUUUUUCUUCUUUAUUCGUGUGAAGUUUACAAUAUUGUUUCUAAAAGGAUUUCAACUGGCAUAAAUGUGAUUUUUUGAUUUGAUAAGUUGGUGAGGUCAGUCAUUUUUUUAAAGUAGUUCUGAUCAGUUUAAAAAAAACCCAGAAGUUUCUGUAUUUUUAUUUUCAUAGUUGAAUGCAACAGAAGGAGAGUGUUAAAUGAAAGAUGGGAGACAGAAGUAUAAGAUUCAGGUAAUCGGGAGCAGAUAAGGCGGAAUUUCUGGAAAGCCGGCCCUUGAGACCUGGAAUUGGACACCCCUGGGUUAAGUUUUCAAACAAAAAGAGGUUGCUCGAGGUUUAUCAUUGUAGUUACCACAUGUAUAACACAGUCCACAGACACAAUUAUCCAUACAAACUCAAGUAUCACAAACAUACCCGUU